AAAGUCCCUAGAAUACAAUAAUAAUUAAAUGACGUGAUGCUGUAUACAUACCAAAGAUUAAAGAAAUAGAUUAUCUUUAUUAUACAAUAAUGAACAGUUUUAAAUGAUUUUUCCUUAUCAUUAUUGCUCUGAAGUAUUGGAAUUAUAUCAGUAUUUAAUGCAUUCUUGUCUGAAAAACGUUAAAAGCUAAAAUAAAGAACGAUGUUUAGUAAAUUUUUACCUUAUUGUACAACUGGAAAAGUUGUUCAAGGUUUUGGAAGAGGAUCAAAAUCUCUAGGAAUUCCAACAGCAAAUCUUCCUGAAGAUGUUGUCGAUGCAUUACCCAAAGAAUUUGGUACUGGAAUUUACUAUGGUUGGGCAUUAUUGGAAAAAUCAAUUUACAAAAUGGUUAUGAGUAUUGGUUGGAAUCCUUUUUAUAAAAAUGAAAAAAAAUCUAUGGAAGUUCACUUGAUUCAUGAAUUUCCCAGUGACUUUUAUGGUGAAACGAUUAAAAUUAUUAUCACCGGAUAUAUAAGGCCAGAGAAAGAUUUCACGUCUGUUGAUAAUUUAAUAAAAGAAAUACAAAACGACAUUGAAAUUGCCAAAAAGAAGCUCGAUGAACCAAAAAUGUGUGAAUAUAAAAGUCAUUCAUUUUUUGAACAAUAAUGCAAAAGUAAUUUCUAAUCUAUAUUUAUUGAAACAAGAGACCUAAACAUUAACGUGUAUAUACAAGGGUUAUUUGCAUAUUUUUAUAGAGAAAAUGUAAAAAUAAAUUUUAUAAAUUGAA